GUGAUCUCUGCUGGCCUCAGUCACACAGAAGUGGAAAUCCCUGAGGACCUGAGCUGCCAGUAGCUACCUGGAUCCAUCACCCAUCCCACCUUACACAGUGGGAAUACUCAUUACCGUGGUGAAGAAUUUCAUCUCUGCUGCGAUCCAGGGUGAGAAUGCUUCCAGGAGCUCAAUUAAGGACAUGACCGAGUCAUAGACUCAUUGAGGGAUGGAGUUAAAUGAGCAUGGGAAUUCAUCAGGGCUUGACCAAGAGAAACUCAUCAUCUUGCUGUCCAGCCCUCUCUCAGCCUUCAUCAUCUUCUCCAACCUCUUCAUCAUCAUUGGAAUUGUAUUCAACAAGAAGCUGCACAACACUGCCAACUACUUCUUCCUCAGCUUGCUAUUUGCAGACUUCUUUACAGGGGUGCUCCUACCCUGUAUUCCCCGAAUGAGAUUCAACAAAAAUCUGGGGUAUUAUGGGUGUUUUCUUGCUUUCAUAUCUCCUAAUUUCUUUUUCCUUUCUUUCCUGGCUAACUUGUUAAUGGUACACUAUGAGAAGUACUUGUGCAUUAUUUAUCCUUUGCACUACCGGAAUAUUUGGGUCCACCGUUGUGUACCAUUCUCCUUGUUCAUGGCGUGGACACUACCACUGGCAUUUGCCUGCCUGCCCAUGCUGGGAUGGAACAAUUGGAAUGCUAGCUACACCUGCUCUUAUAAGCAAGUCUUAACAAAUGAGUACAUUUACCUGGAGACCUAUGGCAUUGUCAUCCCAUCCAUCCUGGCAAUGAGUUUCAUUACAGUCAAACUACUCUCAGUGGCCAGAAAACAACUGAAUCAAAUAAAGAAGCUCCACCGUUCAGUGCAGCGGGAAGCAGCCACAGAGCUAGAGCACCAAAUGGACUUAAGAUUUGCCAAAUGCAUCGCCAUCUUCUCUUUGACAUUUCUCAUCUGCUGGGUUCCUUACAUAGCACUUCUUCAGGUCUCAGUGUUAGCCAUGGAGAAAUAUGAAAUCAGUUUGUGGAUUGUCCUUACGCUUACAUGUGUGGGAAGUGGAAGUGCUGCUAUCAUCCCAGUUAUCUUGGGACUAAGCCACCGGCAGUACACUGAACUAUGGAGGAACCUAUGGAAAAAAUAUUGCCAGUCAUGCUGUAAACAGAGGGCAAAUUCAUCCAUUCAUCAUAAAGUGACUAGCAAAGAGGAGACACUAGAAUCAACUAACUGCGGUUAAAUAAUGAACUAACUUUUUAAAGACAUAAGCAACACACUCUCCCCUCAUAUCUCUGGCACAAGCAAUAUAAAUGGUUAUAAUGAAGGUCAUAAUCAGUAGUAAUUUCUAUACCUCUAGGAUAAACUCAGAAAGCAAAUGUGUGAUUGGUUUCUGCAUGCUACUAACCGUGAUAUUAAUAUGCCAUACAGAGAAGACGCUAGGUGCCAUUUACAAUGAGCAGUACACAGCAGAAUUUUGUGUGUUGAUGGGUGAUGUUAUUGGGUGGCACAGGCAGGGCCGGCGACAGGGGGGGGGUCAUAGGGGACACCUGUACAGGGCCUCAAGAAUCAGAGGGGCCCAAAGGAUAUGCCACUUAGUGUUUGGCAGGGAUGUGAGCCGUCUUUUCCAAAUAGGGCAGCGAGCUGUAGGUGGUGUGGGUGGAGCCUUAGAGUGACAGGAGCCUCUCACACACAGUGACUGUGCGGUAAUGGUGAGCGACUGCUGUUCCGGGUCCAGCUCUAUUGCAGGCAGUUACAGGACAUGGCAGCCACUCAGCUGGCUGGGAUUCCUGUGCCGGCAUCUUCUGGUGGGGUGUGAGGGCCACAUGGUACCUGCUGCGCGGUGUUUGGGUCUGUAUACUGGGGAGUGCAGCGCAGGUGGGUCUCUCCCGAGGUAAAAGUGGCUUGGUGAGGGGAUACAAGGCAGGGAUGGGGUGGGAGAACUUGGAAUGCAGCAUGAAGUCAUUGGAGAGAGACAGACUGUAGUGUGUGUGGGAAGGAGAGAGGGAGACAGACACUGUGGUGUGUGGGGCGGAGGAAGAAGAGAUAUACACAUUAUAUAUGUGUAUAGAUAAAUGAAUCUAUUUAUUAACAGUUUGCUAUAUAGUGCAUCAAACUCUGCUGCGCUUUAAUAUAUAUUUUUUAUAUAUAUAUAAUCUAAGGGGGCCCCAAAUAUCUCUCUGUACCGGGCCCCGAGAUUUCUGUUGCCAGCCCUGGGCACAGGGCACAGAUAAAUAGGUUAAAAACAUAAUUGUGGAUUUACACAUCUGAUAUAUAAAUGGGCAAAUAUCAAGUUGGCUGGGCAAGGUGGUGGGGAAUGGAUUAUUGAUCUUAUUCAGAGAAAGAUCAUUGGAAGUAAAAUCCAAUUCACAUAUUAUUGCUAAGAACCUAACACAGCAAGAGACAUGCUACAUAACCCUUUAGUCCCCAACUGUCCAAGGGACUGAUUGUGAGUCAGACACCUCUGUGACUGAUUGUGAGUCAGACACCUCUGUGACUGAUUGUGAGUCAGACACCUCUGUGACUGUAUAAGUAUCUUUUGCUGUAGUCGCACCUGUGACUUGACUCUAAUUUAUUAUCAGCCCUUCCUCUGAUGUACUGUACAGCUGUGCAUAUGAAAUGUGGAAGCGAUGGGACUCCCACUUUGAAUGGCUGCAGUUGCAAUCAUCUGGACUUACACCAGCCAUACACUAGGUGCAGAAUAUCUUUUAGAGGGUGGGAGUUGUACUGUACGAAGCCUUGGAGAGUAAUAAAGUGAAGAGAAAUAAAGUACCAACCAAUCGGCUCCUAAGACCCACCCAUACUAUAAUCUUAUCAAAAUAAUGUUAUCCCAAUUUUCCUUCUGCCACUGGUUACAGCACCUGCAAUUGUUUUUUCCCCCCUGUUGUUUCUUUUUUUUCUCUUCCACCCCACUGUGUGCUUUUCGUGUAGUGUUUACCGCCACUGAUUACUCACCCUGCCAUUGCGUGCUACUGUACAUACAGGGUACAUCAUACAAGUACACAAGUGUCAGUUUUCCCAUAUAUGCACUGGGCCCUUGUAUGGCUCACCUCCCACGGUGUAAUCUUCGAAGUGAGUCCAACAUGGCCGCCUCAUCUGAUAUGCUCAUGGAUGGGAUGAAAAAUACACGGACCUGGCGGUUAUGUUGGAAACCUACUCUGAACUUUAAGACUCUGAACUCACCGCCAUUUUGUGUCAUCUCUUCUAGGGGUAGACUAUUCCACCCUGGGUAAUCCUACGCAGUGCGCCCAAGAUAACUGCUGCACCUGGUACCUUGUGAGGAUGGAAUACACAACCCUUGGAAGUUAUUAUCCAAAAUGCCUACACCAAUCAUGCAUUAUGCUUUCUGUGUGCUUAAGGUUUUCUUUUAUGUCUGCGUGGCUUAUCUAUUACUGUAUUACCUAAAUCUUCUGUAUUAUGUGUAUUGUUUUUGAUGUCUGUAAAGCGCCUUGAGUCCUGUUGAAGAAAGAGCGCUAUAUAAAUAAAAUUAUUAUUAUUAUUAUUAUUAUUAGUAUUAUUAUAACUGUCCCUUAUCAAACACAGCCUGUAACAUGGCAGUUAGGAGCUGAUUGGUGGUACUAUAACUUUCUCCAAGGCUUAGUACAUUUCCCCCAGAGUAUGGACUCCAAGUAAGCUAUUAAGCGCCUAUGCGGUCUAUUCAUGAAGCAGUGAA